GAAAAGGUCCCAACAUCAGACUUCAAGAAGAGGAAGGGAUCUGCAUGAGACCAGCCUGCUGCAGCAGCAAUCCACUGUGAGCCACGAGAGGUCAUGGGGAAAGUCCCGGAUAUCGUCAUGCGUGACAGCAUCUAAUUAAUCAACAACUCUGUAACGUGAGCUCCAGCCUAUAAAAGGGGAACCUUCCAGAGUCGUGUAACCCUGACCACAGGCCUUCACAGACAUCUCCAGACCCAGGGACUUGUGCCCCAGGAGGAGCUCAGGCUGAUGGGUUCUCUCCUCAGCCCUGAGGCCAAUGCCGAGGUGCCCCGCGAGGCCCUUAGUUUCCACGGGGACGCCACGGGCGCACAGGUGCAUCUGGAUGAUCAGCGGAGCACAGCACGCAGGCGCUCGACGUUCCACGAUGGUAUCGUGUUCAGCCAGAGGCCCGUCUGGCCGGGUGAGCGUGUUGCUCUGCGCGUCCUGCGACGUGAAGAAGGUUGGUGCGGUGGCCUCCGCGUGGGCUUCACGCGCCUGGACCCUGCGCAAGUGACCGCGUCCUGCCUGCCACCCUUCGUGUGCCCGGACCUGGAGGAGCAGAGUCCCACGUGGGCAGCGUUGCUUCCAGAGGGCUUCGUUCGUGCGGGGAAUGUGGUCUGCUUCUGGGUGAACCGUAGAGGGUGGCUCUUCGCCAAGGUCAACGCUGGCCGUCCCCUCUUGCUGCGCAAAGACGUGCUGGUCCAGGGCGCCCCGCUCUGGGCGGUGAUGGAUGUGUACGGGACCACGAAAGCCAUUGAGCUGCUGGAUCCCAAAGCCAACGCCUGGAUUACUAGUGGUGAGCCUGUGCCAGAGUCUGAAGUCAUAUCAGGAGAGGAGUGUGUCAUCUGCUUUCACAACACUGCCAACACUCGCCUCAUGCCCUGCGGCCACUCACACUUCUGUGGCUCCUGUGCCUGGCACGUCUUCAAAGACACGGCCAGGUGCCCCAUAUGUCGCUGGCAGAUCGAGGAGGUGGCUGUAGUGUCUUCAUUGAAGGCUGGGGAAGGCUCCUGAGAAGAUGACUUCUUGGGCAGAUGGGACCUGGCUCUGACCACACUGGUCUUACAGUAAGGACUGGAUGGGGCUCUGGCAGGUCCCUGGACUCUAGUUACUGAACACGGCAGGGAUUCAGUCAACACUCCCAGCUCUGAGUCUUAACAAGACUUUGCCCUUCCAGUUGAAUUCUGGGGACUUCAGGAGGCUCUGACAUGGGUGGAAGGCAGGUAUUAUAGUCAAGGAAGCCCCAACUUGGGGCUUUUCUAUGUAGGAACCCCUAUGCCCAACAUAUUUGUCAAAUGUAAUCAGUUUAUAGUGUUUAAACUGAGACUGGGGAACCAAAAACCUUUAUCCUUGAUGUAGGUGAUGGCUAUGUUCCAUUCUAUUUGUGGGAGCUCAAUCUCACAGUCCAACAAGAUUGGUUCAUUGGUGUGAAGGGGAAGGUCGGGGGCUGAGUCCUUGCCAGGCAAAGUGGUAGAACAAAAGCCUUGUGACAGAGCAUGACCCCCACCUACGUCUAACUGGCAGAAGCUGAGAGUUUGCUGGCUAUGGUUGGGGGUUCCUGGCCACUUGAAGAACUCUUUAUACCCAGUUUUAUAAACCUGUGGCCAGAGGAGGUCAGAGAAUCUCCAGCCAAACAGUGAGUCCUGGAAGGGUCCCCCUGGGGGUGAGGGGCAGAGAACUUGGCCCAGAGAAGCAAGGCAAAGCUACCAGCCUGAUGGAGGUUCGGAGCAGGAAGCCUCUGUAUCCAGAAGCUGUGUGUGGCCGCCUUCACCCAGCAACCACUGUGGCGAUUGGUGAUUGGCUGCAAUCAUCAGCUUGCAGAAUCUCGGAUCACCUGGAAAUGGAUACUCAGUAAGGGAGUGUCUACUGCCGGUUGGCCUUUGGGGAUGCCUAUGAGGAAUCUCCUGAUUGGGUUAAUUGAGUUGUAAACCCACCUUGAAUGUGGCUGGCACCAUUUCAUGAGCUGGGCCUCUACCUUCUACUCACUGGUUCUCAACCUUCCUAAUGCUGUGACCCUUUCAUACAGUUCCUUAUGUUGCGGUGACCCCCAACUAUAAAAUUAUUUUGUUCCCUACUUCAUAACUGUAAUUUUGCUACUGUUAUGAAUCCUAAUGUAAAUAUCUGAUACUCAGGACAGCUGGUAUGUGGCCCCUGUUGAGAAACACUGCUCUAGACUGAGAGGGACAGAGAGCCCAGGGCACAGGCAUUCAGUGGUCUAGACAAUGGGCACACUUUGAUCAGUUUUGUCUCAAGCUCUGACUUCCUGGAAAUGAUGGACUGGAACUCGGAAUUGUGGGGUAAAAUAAGCUCUUGCUUCCUUAAGUUGCUUUGGUUGAGAUAUUUUGUCACAGGGUUAGGAAUAUUUCUGAGAUCACAAAAAAGAGACCGCCAUUAUAAUUGUGAUGGUUUGUAUAUGCUCAGCCCAGGGAGUGGCACUAUUAGAAGGUUUGGCCUCGUUGGAGUAGGUGUGGCCUUGUUGGAGUAGGUGUGACCUUGUUGGAAUAGGUGUAUCACUGUAGGUGUGGGCUAUAAGACCCUCAUCCUAACUGCCUGGAAGUCAGUCUUCCACUAGCCGACUUCAGAUGAAGAUGUAGAACUCUCAGCUCCCCCUGCACCAUGCCUGCCUGGAUGCUGUCGUUUUCCUGCUUUGAUGAUAAUGGACUGAACCUCUCACCCUGUAAGCCAGCCCCAAUUAAAUGUUGGCCUUAUAAGAGUUGCCUUGGUCAUGGUGUCUGUUCACAGCAGUAAAAUCCUAACUAAGGCAAUAA